CUACUGGUUGACAAUGGAACGUCACAUGGAAUCAGCAGCACACCCAAAAGUGUCGUCUUCUGCAACGACGGACAAAAAAGCCAUCGUUCCACUAGCGCAUAACCAGAAUAAUUCGUUGUUGAAAGAUGAUUUCAAGACUCUGGGGUAUCUCGUCGACACGCCAUCUUGCAAAUUACCGGACUACGACCCGAACGAUGACAGCAUUAAGAUGUUCAUCAAACCUCCCAGCAAGAUGAUCUGCAACCCUGAUAACUUACGGCCCCUAACCUACACCGAGGGAUUCAAAAUCAAGAUCAGUGAGGACCCCGAGUUGCUGCAACGCUACAAUGUGACGCUCGAUUCGUUGUCCUGCUGCGUUCACGAGAUCGUCAGAAACCCACAAUCUCUGGAAAAAUUCGACGGCGACUGUGAUUUAACUUACCAAAAAAGUGAGUGUCAUCCGAUCAGCAAGAUAACUUCAUACGAAGUCACAACAGACGCCGCACUGGUCGUCUGCUCCAAGAGCAACUCGAAUUCCACAUCAUGCUACAAGAAUGUACACUACUUCUUUCACACGGACAAAAUUGGAGACAAAAUUGCCGCACACAAAGAACGUAUGAAGCCGCGUAAGACACUCCCACUAAACUUCAUCUUAAUGGGGUUCGAUUCAACUUCUCGUCAAAAUUUGAGAAGAUUCUUACCCAAGACAUUCCAAUUUCUAUCGGACGACCCUAGCACCUCAGACUUUAUGGGCUUUAAUAAAGUAGCUGACAAUACUCUGGUUAACCUUUUACCAAUCAUCAUGGGUAAUCGCGCAGAAGACCUCAGAAGCUCCAAGCUGGAGUGCUACAAGAAUGGAAGUUUAUACUUCGACAGUUGUCCCUUAAUUUGGAAAAACUUUUCUGCUAAAGGCUACGCAACGGUGUACUCGGAAGAUGCUGCAGGUAUGAGGAUGGGCUCCCCAAGUAGAAUGGGUUUUGUUCAACCUCCAGUUGAUUUCUAUUUUCGCCCGUAUAUGUUGAUCUCUGAAAAGGAGAUCGGCCACCCAAAAGCCGAUAAUCACUACUGCUAUGGACUCCAUUCUAGCACAGAGGUAGUUUAUGAUCACAUUAUGAGGGCUUUAGAUAAUCUAUCUGACAAAGUACCUGUGUUUGGAUUCUUCUGGACUACAACUUACACUCACGACUACAACGAAAAAGCAGCUCCCCUUGAUCAUCCAACACUACGUUUCCUAAAGGAAUUUUCGCUAUCUCCUCAUCGCAACAACACAAUUCUGCUUUUCUUCAGUGACCACGGCCUAAGAUUUGGCAAAAUACGGUCUACCUACCUCGGUGCGUUGGAAGAAAGGCUACCUUUUGUAACAAUGAUAUUCCCUCCAUGGUUCAAAGAUGAAUAUCCAGGCACAUGGAGUAACUUGGUGGUAAACCAACGACGCUUGACGAACAACUAUGACCUCCACAGCACCCUCCUCGACAUCUUGCACGGUGCCUAUAAUGCCUCAUUAGACCUCAAAACCCCUGAUGGACUCGGCCAAAGCCUAUUUUUAGAGGUUCCAAAUAACAGGACGUGUGAAUCAAUUCAUAUUCCUUGGCAUUACUGCGCCUGCCAAUCUUCCGUGCCUACAGACAUUAAAAAUUCUGACGUAAAACUAGCGGCUCAAGUUCUCACGCAUGCAAUCAAUAAACUGAUUGAAGAUCAUCCUGGGUGUACUCCGUUAAAAAUGAAAAGCAUCAUUAGCGCACGAGAGUUCCAGAAUCACGAGGAAUUUGGAGCAGGCACCGUCCGGGGAAAACUGAACAAGUGGACGACGUACUUCGUGAUGAUAGAAACCACGCCCGGAGGCGGAAACUUCGAAGGAUCGAUCAUCAAACGGGACUCCUCAUUGCAAGUUUUAGGUGACAUUUCUCGGAUAAAUAAAUAUGGAAACCAAAGCGCUUGUAUCGAAGAGACGGAUCUAAAAAAAUUCUGUAUCUGUCGCCAGUCUAGGUAACGCCAUAACUGCAUUUUCCUUUACUAUUAU